UUACCAGCUUUCAUACUUAUCCAAACAUCUUUCAUCCUCCAACAGUUGUAGAUUCCCAAGAAACUCAAAUACAAAAAACCGCAGGAUGUUCAAGCAAACAUUACCAUCCAUUUUCAUGGCAGUGUUGGUUGCUGCUAUACAUGUGGCGACACAUGUGGCUGCUGUUACUCCUACUCCAGCUGGUGAAGAACCUGUUCUGGAGUUGUACAUGCACGACAUUCUUGGGGGCAAUAACCCUACUGCUAGGCCAAUCACUGGCCUGCUGGGAAACAUAUAUAGUGGUCAAGUACCCUUUGCCAAGCCAAUAGGAUUUAUUCCCCCAGAUGGUGGAGUAGCAAUCCCUAAUGCUAAUGGUGCUAUUCCAACUGUUAAUGGUCUCAAUGGCAUUCCAUUAGGAACUGGGUUAGCUGGCACAGCUUUCACAGGACAUUCUAAUGACCAGAACCCAAAUAAUCAGGUUCAAACCCAGCUAGGACCAGACGGUUUGGGAUUAGGGUUUGGAACAAUUACUGUCAUCGACGAUGUUUUGACCACCAGCCCUGAACUUGGUUCACAGCAAUUGGGAAAAGCUCAAGGAAUUUAUGUGGCUAGUUCUGCAGAUGGGAGCACACAGAUGAUGGCAUUUACAGCAUUCUUCGAAGGAGGAGAAUUCGGGGACAGCCUCAAUUUCUAUGGCAUAUACAAGAUUGGAAGUGCAAUGUCACAUUUGUCAGUGACUGGUGGAACAGGCAAAUAUAAGAAUGCUGUUGGAGUUGCUGAAGUCCGAGGACUCAUUCCAACUGGUCAGCAUUUCAUUGAUGGUGCAGAAACAUUACUGAGGAUAAUUGUCCAUCUAAACUACUAAGAAUAUUACUUAACUGGAUUGUUGUGGGAUUGUUUGUGUGAAAAUAUGAUCAAGAUUGCAGUUUCUCUUUGUCAAUGAGUCUGUUGUACUGUCAAAUGUAUUAGAUGUUUCCAAUAGAAUGGUGAUGGCUUUAACAAAAGAAUCAGUUGCUA